UCCCAGCACCGAGAAAGGCCCACUUGCAGUUUGCAAUGUUGACGGCACGUUUGAUGUAGGCAUCUGUAGCGAGCUCGUGAGUCAGAGUUUGAGGUUUGUUCUCUCUUUAGAGACUAUGACACCAUAUGAGACCGGGUAGGUAUAUGUAUCACACCGUUCAUUCCUCUUCCUGUCUCCUUCUUUGCUUCAUCUCCUCCGAGAAUUUGCUUCCGCAUACAGCAAGAUACCACAAUGACAAUUGCACAACCCAAACCCAACACAAGCGGUUUCACGGCCGCCCAAUUGAAUGCCUAUUACAAGCGCAUCAACCUGCCAUCUCAACAUCGCCAUACUCCGGAAACAGCGGCAAAGACUCUCCACACCAACUCUACCGCCGCUCUCACCUUCCUCUCCGCCCUCCAACUCCAUCAAAUCUGCGCCAUACCCUUCGAAAAUCUAUCCCUCCAUUACUCACACAACCCUUCCAUCUCCACCUCCGCCACCGAUGUAUACCACAAACUCGUCGAGAGAAAGCGAGGAGGCUACUGCAUGGAAAACACAACUCUCCUCUACCACAUCCUCUUGACUUUGGGCUUUACUGUCUACGCCACUGGAGGCAGAGUGUUAAAAGCAGUCCAACCCAUUUCCUCCGAGCAAGAAUAUAUCGGCGAACAUUGGAAUCAUAUGGUUCUUAUCCUCACUCUUUCCUCCCCCUCCUCUGAGAAAUAUAUCCUAGACGCCGGAUUCAGCAAUAUGUCCCCAAUCGCACCUAUCCCUCUAUUGCACAAUGCGGAAAUACAAAAUUCUGGCUUUUCCCGCGUUCGUCUGGUUCAAGAGGGGCAGAUGUGGAGGUAUCAGGUCAAGUAUUCUGAUCUCGGGGCUUGGAUUUCGGCGUAUGAGUUUUCCACCUUACCGUUCACGGCGGCGGAUUUUGUCAUGAUGAGUUAUUUCACGAGCAAAUCUGAGGAUAGUUGGUUCACUAAGGAGGUGGUGGUUGCGAGGAUGGAGAGGGAUGAGGAGGGGAGAUGUGUGGGUGAUGUUACGCUUUUUGGGGGGAAGUUGAAGAGGAGGGUUGAUGGGAAGAGUGAGGUCAUUGCUGUUUGUGAGACUGAAAGGGAGAGGGGAAGGUAUUGUAGGUAGAUGUUCGGAGAUUCUUUAGACGAUAGACUUUUCAAUAAGACCGC